AUGCCGAUCUACAAAAAGGCCAAUCGGCGCAAGGCCUCAAGCUACGAGGUGCUCAACAAUAACGUGGACUACGGAACGCGCCACAUUGACCACCUUCCGGGGCCGUAUUCGCCGGGGGUGGCCUCGCCGUACGCGGAACGGACGGAUUUCAGUGAGCGUACUAGGCGGGCAUGCCAGACCGCGUCGACUUCGUUCUACUUGUGCGCGUGCAAGGCCAUCUUCGUUGGGGAUGUCGGCACUGGGAAGAGCUCGCUGGUGAAUCGAUUCUGCCACGAGAUCUUCGACGGGUCGUACCGGGGGACGGUUGGCGUGGACUUUGAGGUGGAGAAGUUUCACGUGCUGGACCAUGCGUUCAGCUUGCAAAUUUGGGACACAGCAGGCCACGAUCGGUUCAAGUGCAUUGCCAACUACUACCGGAACACCAACGUGAUCGCAGUCGUGUUCGACAUGACCAGAGCUGAAUCGUUGAUGAAUGCUCGCCGAUGGAUGGAUGAGGCCAUGCGACACAAUCAUCCGGGGACGUUAAAAUUCCUGGUGGGAACCAAAAAGGAUCUAUUGGAAUUCGACAUUCACCAAGAAAUUGAAAGCGAAGCAAUCAAAAUGGCACAGGAGCUGCAGGCCGAGUACUGGUCCGUGUCGGCACAAACUGGCGAAAACGUGACCCGAUUCUUCCGGCGAGUUACGGCCCUGGCCUUCGACGGAGCUGUGCAGCGAAUGAUGGAGCCCAACAAUCCCGUAGUACACCCCAGUGGCAAUAGUCUUCUUAAUCUUUACUUCCUCAAAAAGGACGAAAAGGAUAAAAAGUUGAAAAAGUGUUCCUUUUGUAGAAUAAACUAA